CCCAACGUCUGGUCAACGCCCGACACGACAUCGACAUCCUAGGCCAUUCUUUAAUUGUUUUCAGUCAUAAUGGCCGAAGAUCAUCGACCGCCGCUCCCUUCCUUCGCUUCCCAAAGUUCCGUCAGCGACAAUGGCUCGGACCCCUUCGCAGACCGCCCUCGCCAGGUGGCCUUCCAAGAGCCUCCCUUGUCCGCAUACGAGAGCACAAUAUCUCUUCCACAAGAAUUCGGCGGUAUGGGAGGCAACUACGACGACGAAGAGGUUGAGAAGCUUCCUCUUACAGCAGCUCAAGGUGGCCUGUACCCUCCAGGGCCUAUUGACCCGAACGCCUAUGGCGAUCCGUACGAUCGACCCGUGUCUGUUGUCUCAACAGCAUCCUCUGGUGUCGAUUCUGCGUGGCGGCGGCGACAGACCAUCAAGCGUGGUGUCACCCGUAAAGUCAAUCUCACGAAGGGUAACUUCAUCACGGAGUAUGCGGUCCCGACGCCAGUGUACAGCGCAAUCGAGCCCAAGUGGCUCAGCACAAAAUCGACGGAAUUCUCCCACAUGCGGUACACUGCGGCAACAUGUGAUCCGGACGAUUUCUCGGAAGCCAAUGGUUACUCGUUGCGUACCAAGAUGUACAACCGUCAGACGGAGCUGCUCAUCGCAGUCACGUCGUACAACGAGGACAAGACCUUGUACGCGCGUACACUGCAUGGUGUCAUGUUGAAUAUACGUGAUAUAUGCAAGACCAAGCAAUCCAAGUACUGGCGUCGUAGUGCGGAAGAAGGUGUUCCUGGGUGGCAGAAGAUUACCGUUGCGCUCAUUAUCGAUGGCCUGGAGCCUAUGGACAAGACAGUUUUGGAUAUCCUCGCUACCGUUGGUGUCUACCAAGAUGGUGUUAUGAAGAAGCAAGUUGAUGGCAAGGAUACCGUCGCUCACAUCUUCGAGUACACGACGCAGCUCUCUGUGGAUCCCACACCACAGCUCAUCCUCCCGCAUGGCGACGACCACAGCAAUUUGGUGCCGGUCUCAAUGAUUCUCGUAAUCAAGGCCAAGAAUCAGAAGAAGAUUAACUCCCACCGUUGGCUCUUCAACGCUAUUGGCAAGAUGUUGGAGCCCGAGAUCUGUGUCCUCAUUGAUGCUGGUACGAAGCCGGGCCACAAAUCAAUUUACUACCUUUGGGAGGCAUUCUACAAUGACCCACAUUUGGGAGGUUGCUGUGGUGAAAUCCACGCCAUGUUGGAGGGUGGACGGAAGCUCAUGAACCCCCUGGUUGCCGCGCAAAACUUCGAGUACAAGAUGUCGAACAUCUUGGACAAGCCAACGGAGAGUAGUUUUGGUUACGUCUCUGUGCUUCCUGGUGCCUUCUCCGCGUACCGGUUCCGCGCGAUUCUCGGACGGCCUCUUGAGCAAUACUUCCAUGGUGACCAUUCGUUGGCAGAUCGCUUGGGACCAAAGGGUAUCUACGGUAUGAACAUCUUUACGAAGAACAUGUUCUUGGCCGAGGAUCGUAUCCUUUGUUUUGAGCUGGUUGCAAAGGCUGGCGAGCGGUGGACGUUGUCGUACGUCAAGCCGAGUAAGGCAGAGACGGAUGUGCCGGAAAGUGCUCCAGAAUUGAUUGGUCAGCGCCGGCGUUGGUUGAACGGUUCUUUUGCGGCGUCGGUAUACGGCCUUGUCAACUUCUUCAAGCUGUACCGGUCGGGUCACGGCAUCAUUCGGAUGUUCUGGUUGCACAUCCAAGGACUGUUCAACGUCUUCAACUUGAUCUUCUCGUGGUUCGCGCUUGCCAACAUGUGGCUGACGUUCAGUAUCAUCAUUGAUCUACUCCCUUCGGAUAAUUUGGUUUUCUUCGGCACGGCCGAGAUCACGCACUGGAUCAACGAAGUUCUCAAGUGGAUCUACCUGAUUUUCUUGACUUUGCAGUUUGUCCUUGCGCUGGGUAAUCGGCCAAAAGGAGAGCGGUUUGCGUACACGGUCACACUAUGGGUUUACGCCGUUCUUGCGGUGUACUUGCUCGUCUGUUCAUUCGCACUGACUAUCAAGGCUUUCAUUGCUGUGCCGAGCAUGCUGAAGAGCAAGACGGCCGGGCAAAUUGUGUUAACAUUCUUUGAGCCUCCGGUCGGUGCUCUGAUCGCCGCCAUGGUUUCAACAUACGGUAUCUACCUCAUCGCAUCGUUCCUCUACAGGGAUCCCUGGCAUAUGUUCACCAGCUUCUUCCAAUACCUCUGCUUGGCCCCUAGCUUCAUCAAUGUCUUGAACGUCUAUGCCUUCUGUAAUUUGCACGACGUGUCGUGGGGUACAAAGGGUAGCGAUAAGGCGGAGGUUCUGCCAUCGGUCUCAUCCAAGAAAGGCAAGGAUGCCGAGACAGCAGUCGUCGAAGAUAUCGCCCGAAGCAAGGAAGAUCUCGAUGCGCACUUUCAGGAGACCGUCAAGCGCGCGGUCGCCAAGCUCCAGGUGGUGGAAGAGGAUGAUAAGCCCACCAUGGAUGACGAGAACAGGACGUUCAGAACACGUUUUGUCGCUUUUUGGAUGAUCUCAAAUGCUGCGUUGUCCGUCGCAGUCUCGAACCUCAACGGAUUGCAAAGUGGCAACGAAACCUACGACGACGCGGCAUUGCGGAAGAAACAAAACAUCUACUUCGCAGUCAUUCUGUACUCAACGUUCGGAAUUUCAUUAGUACGAUUUAUCGGGUGCCUGUACUACUUCUUCAGGCGUAACCUGUUCCGAUGCUGCAGGAGGAAUUAGGAUGUUCUGUCUGUUCGUGGGCUGUUGGGUUAUGGACAUCGUGGUUGUCUUUCUCAUCCUAUUCUACUGCUGCAUAUCGGGACAUGGACAUUGUUAUG